AUGGCCUCUCAACUAGUAUCACUACCCGAAGUUGAGCGCCUCAGCCCAGUCUGCAUUCGGGUUCUGGCAGGCAACCCAGGAAAGUUCACACUACAGGGCACCAACACGUACUUGCUCGGAAGAGGCAGCCGCCGCAUCCUGAUUGACACCGGCGAGGGCGUACCGUCGUGGAUCAAGGCCAUCAAAUCCGUCCUAGAGCAGGAGCAGGCGAGAGUCGAGACGGUUCUAAUCACCCACUGGCACAGAGACCACCAGGGCGGCAUCCAGCAGCUACUGGAGCUGUCACCAAAUUCCAAGGUCUUCAAGAACAAACCCGAGGAGGGCCAGUCAGACAUCUCAGACGGCCAAAAGUUUACCGUCGACGGAGCCAGCCUUACGGCUGUAUUCACCCCAGGCCACACCGUAGACCACAUGGCCUUCAUCCUGGAAGAGGAGGACGCCAUGUUCACGGCGGACAACGUCUUAGGCCAGGGGACGGCCGUGUUUGAGGACCUGGCCACCUACCUCGACAGCCUUGAGAAGAUGCGGCACCUGUUCAGGGGCAGGGCUUAUCCAGGCCACGGACCGGCGAUUGACGACGGCCCGUCCAAGAUCCUCGAGUACAUCAACCAUCGGAAAGCGCGCGAAGAGCAGGUCAUACGCACGCUAGGGAUGAAGAGACAGGGCGAAGACAUCGAAGGACCUGCCAAUGCGUGGACGCCCAUGGAACUUGUCAAGGUCAUAUACCAUGACGUCCCAGAGGAGCUCCAUGUUCCGGCCUGCGGCGGAGUCGUUCAGAUUCUGGCCAAACUCAAGAAGGAGGACAGAGUAGUCGAGAGCAACGGCAGAUGGUCUCUGAAAGAUCGACCGGCGUUGUAG